UCGGCUCGCUCGGCGUUAAACGUCCUGCCGAGUGAAAAACGGAAGGGAACCGCCGAUAAUCGCGCGCGCGCGGGAGUACCGUCGUACAUUAGGAUCCGCUCUUUUCCACGACUGUCGUCCCGAGGGAAGAGAAACGCGAAAGUUCGUCGCGGAAAGUUCAAAAACCAAGGAGAGAGCCGGGGUGGGUACCGGUAUAAUCUGGGAUAUUCCUAUUUCCUGCCACGCGAAGAUCGCUGAUAUUCUCCUAGAUUUAACGAAUGCCAUGAAGAAAAUUCAACAAAACAAACGGAAUGAACUAGGACAAAAUCAUGUCCCGUGAAAGCAGCAAAGGGCAAUUCUGAUAAAAAAAUGCGGUAUUACACCAUCUGAGCGAGACACAAACAGAAAGACUUCGAUCAAAGCCGUAGUGCAUGUGCAUGUGAACGAAAUAACAAGAGUUGUGUGCGUGAUCGUGUAUUGCUUGUUAGGCCUCUGUGGCCACGCUGAAACGAUAAAGGACGAAGAGAUGGCGACAAACGGCAGCCAUGUCACACCGGAAACCACCGUGAUUCAAUCCGACGAUGAGGAGCAGGGAAAGGAGCUAUAUCCCAACACGGUGGAACACAGGAACAUUACAGUAGAGAAUUGCGAUACGAAAGAUGAGAGGACGACAAAUCAGAAAGAAGAAGAGGAAAGCCAUCGAGAGGAAGCAAAAUCGGAUCGAGAGCAGGAUUUACAAGUGCAACCGCAAAUGCAGCAGGUUGACACGCGAUUUGACAGAAAAAUUGAUACAAGUCCGGACCACAUAUCGGAUUCUGCAUUCAGCAGUCAAAGAGUAUACAAGAAAUCCUCGCCGAAUAACAAGUUGACGCUUUACCUAGCCAGCAGAGAUAUUAUUGUCAGUGAAGCUAAGAACGACAACAAGCUCCUAGGAGUCCUCUUGGUCGAUCCCGACUAUGUGCGCGAAAAAAAGGUAUAUGGUCAAGUGACUCUAACUUUUCGUUACGGAAGAGAAGAUGAAGAAGUAAUGGGUUUGAAAUUUUGCAACGAGGCGAUGAUGUGUUUGGCCCAACUGUAUCCAGCCUACGUGGGGGCUCAUCAUCUGGAAACCAAGAGUCCGUUGCAGGAAGCACUUAUCAAAAGAUUAGGACCCAAUGCACAUGCAUUCACCAUAGAAAUUCCCUCAAUCGCCCCACCAUCCGUACAACUGGUUCCAGCUAAGGAAUACAACGGUCCCCCUAUAGGUAACAGCUACGACAUCAGAGUUUACGUUGCGGAACGGGCGGACGAACGAUUGCAUCGUAAAACCACCGUCAGGAUGGGCAUUCGGGUGAUCCAGCGUGCCACGAAACCACCCUUACCCUCGAUGACUAUGUACAGCGUGCCUCCCUCUCAAGUGCCAUCGACUACCUCGAGAAUUCAAGGAUCCAGGACAAGAACGGCGCUAGCGGAAAAUGAGAUCAUGGAGGACGAUGAGAACGUGGGACCACACGCCGCAGUAGAAAAGCCAUUUUUAUUAAGUGACGGUCGUGUCAGAUUGGAAGCAAAGCUAGAUCAUGCGAUCUACGAACACGGGGAUUCAAUCAAUGUCCACGUCCAUGUUAGCAACAAUAGCAGCAAAUCAGUAAGAAGAAUAAAGGUAUUUGUCGUACAACAUGUGGAUGUUUGUAUGUUCAGCAAUGGCAAAUUCAAAAACGUUGUGGCUCUUAUGUCCUCGCAAGAGGACUGUCCCUUGGGUCCAGGUGGGAAUUUGAGGAAAACUUAUUCUCUCAAGCUUGUUAAGGGCACGACUAAGAAUUGGAUCGCUUUAGAGGACAGUUAUACGAAAACUGGAGCGAGCCUGGCAUCAACGGUCGCUAAUCCCAGGAAUGGACCUGACGAUAGGAACGUUUAUACAAUUUACGUAUCUUAUUAUGUGAAGGUCAAACUGCUGAUCUCAGCCAUGGGCGGCGAAGUAUCUUUGAAGCUGCCGUUCACACUGAUGCACAGUAACGUAGAUACGGAUCUUGUGGGAUUUCCGUCCCCCAUUCGAGAGGCGCCGAAGGAAUUUGGAAAGAGCACGAAUGAAAUCACGGAGAAAUCCGAUAGCAGUGCCCAUCGAAAUAAGGAGAAUAAAUUAGAGGCCAUUAAGGAGCAGAGGGAAUCAAAGGUGACCGACGUGGAUCUGAUAGAGCAUUGCGAGGAGAGUGACAGUACCUGAGACCGGGCGCAACAAGGCGACGCGAUGUCGCGACCGCCUGUCAGGAAGAACAGUGACGGUACGAAGACCAUCAAAAAUACGAAUCACAAAACCUGCAGAAUCAGCGUCAGCAUCCAACGAGCCUGGUGCUGCUUCAGAAGAGCCUCGUAGUAAACGAAUGGAAAUUUUGCUCGGUGCAUCGAUAAUGAUCGACUGAAAGCAGUUUUAUUUACACUGUCGUUGUGACUCUUCCUAUUUUCUCGGAAGACAGAAAUAUGGAUGUUUCGUAUAUCCGUAAUGAAUAAAAGAAAAGAAGAUAAAAUAAAAUGUAUAGUGAAUAAAUGAAUAAAUAAUAUGUAUAGUGAAUCUUGUCAAUUCUUGUUAGAAUCGUUGAAUGUACGUGUAAAUGUGAAUCCUGUAUUCUUUUUCUUUCUUUUGGAAGAAAUAAAGUUUGGAAAAAGUGAAGAAAAUUCGAAAGUUAUCAAAUUAUAUGCGAUAUCUUGAAGGAGCAAAACUUAUUGCGCUUUAUAUUUCGCAGGGAAAAUUUUACAGAAGAGCGAUUUAAUUCUCAAGCGAUUGUAUCUUCGUGCAAGUUCAAAAAUUGUGCAUCGUGCAUUUGUAUCGUAUUGUCGUACAAUUCAUAGCAGAUUUUUGAUCGUUAUAGAGGAGGAAUCAAAUGAGUGUUAUCGUUGUAAUCAAGUGUGUGAAGUUGCAAGCUAUUAAUGUAUGCAAGUAUUAAUGUAUGUAUCAUAUGUAUAAGUUAUAGUUAUAUAGAGUUUUCUCAGCGUGAAAGAAGUUCGAUUGAAAAAUUAUGAUUUAUUAUCGCAGAUUUUCCAUCUAAAACUUUUAUUGUGUAAAAGAGAAAAAUCUCCUAAGAGAUAUAUAUUCCUGUAUAUUUACAUACAUACCGUUGAAUAAUAGUAAGAUGAUAUACAUGUAAUAUAUUCUUAUAAGCUACGAAAAUUAUAUUGCCUAUUAUCUGAAGCCUCGUAAAUGUAAGUCGCU